AUGUCCAAUAAAUUUCAUUGCGAUAUAUGCUCUGCUGAUUGCACCAAUAGGGUCAGGAUAUCGUGCGCGGAAUGUCCAGAAUACGAUCUGUGUGUGCCGUGUUUCUCGCAGGGCUCGUACAGUGGUAACCAUAGACCUAGCCAUGACUACAAAAUCAUAGAAACAAACUCUUACCCAAUCUUGUCCGCAGAUUGGGGUGCAGACGAAGAAGUGGCGCUUAUAAAGGGGUCACAGACUUUGGGACUGGGAAACUGGCAGGAUGUCGCCGAUCAUAUCGGUAGUAGGUCGAAGGAGGAAGUGGAGGAGCAUUACAUUAAUUAUUAUUUGAACAGCCCGCACUACCCCAUACCAGAUAUUGACAAGACUGUUGAUAUCACGCAAGAACAGUUUCUAUCCAACCGUAGACAAAGGAUCGAGAGAUUCCGUGAGCAGCCGUUGGAGCCUCCACGCAAACCAAUGGCCUCGGUGCCCAGCUGCCACGAAGUACAGGGAUUCAUGCCAGGUAGAUUGGAGUUUGAAAGUGAAUUCGAAAAUGAGGCAGAGGGCCCAGUCAAGGAUAUGGUUUUUGAACCUGACGAUCAACCUCUUGAUAUCGAGGUUAAACUUGUGAUCCUGGACAUUUACAAUUCCAGACUCACGACUCGGGCUGAAAAGAAACGCCUUCUUUUCGAAAAUGGGCUAAUGGAGUACCGGAAACUCCAGGGUAUUGAUAAGAAAAGAAGCAAAGAAGCAAAAGAGCUUUACAACAACUUGAAAGCAUACGCAAGCAUAAUGACGCCUUCAGACUUCGAAGAGUUUACUAGAGACAUGUUGGAAGAACUCCGAUGCCGGUCAAGGAUUCACCAGCUACAGGAAUGGCGCAGUAAUGGUAUUACUACGCUCGAGGCGGGUCUAAAGUAUGAACGUGACAAGCAAGCCCGUAUAAUGACUUUAGAAAGAUUUGGAGGUGUCCACAACACAAGUGGUAACGGUAAUGGUCGUUAUAGAGCUGCUUCUACUCAGCGGCCAAAUACGGAUUACAGUCAAAACAACAACGAACAAAGUCAUCGUAAAAAGACUCUCACUAUUAGUGACAUUCAACAUGGCGCUGAUUAUGGUUUACUGUCCGCAGAGGAACAACAACUUUGCAUGCAACUCAAAAUUCUCCCCAAGCCCUUCUUGGCGAUUAAAGAAGUGAUGUUUAGAGAACUACUCAGAGGAGGAGGAAAUUUGACUAAGAAGACUUGCAGAGACUUACUCAACAUCGAUCCGGCCAAAGCUAACCGGAUUCACGACUUUUUCCGUUCUCAACAUUGGCUAUGA